AUGUCCGACGAAAUUGUCUGGCAGGUCAUUAACCAGCAGUUUUGCUCCUACAAACUGAAAACAACAAAAGGACAAAACUUCUGUCGCAAUGAAUACAAUGUCACCGGUCUUUGCAACCGCCAAUCAUGCCCCCUCGCCAACUCGCGGUACGCAACCGUCCGCUCUGACCCCGAGACAGGCGUCAUGUACCUGUACAUGAAGACCAUCGAGCGUUCCCACAUGCCCAGCAAAUGGUGGGAGCGAGUCCGUCUCUCUUCCAACUACGCCAAGGCCCUCGAGCAGCUGGACGAGCGACUGAUCUACUGGCCCAAAUUCCUCACUCACAAGUGCAAGCAGCGUCUCACGCGCCUGACGCAGGUGAACAUCCGCAUGAAGAACAUCGCCAAGGAAGAGGAUCGCCUGGGUGAGAAGAUCGUGCCAAAGCUUGCGCCGAAGGUGCGGAGACGGGAGGAGACACGUGAGCGCAAGGCUCUUUCGGCUGCUAAGGUUGAGAGGGCGAUUGAGCGGGAACUGAUUGAUCGAUUGCGGUCCGGUGCGUACGGCGACCGACCGCUUAAUGUUGAGGAGGGUAUUUGGAAGAAGGUCUUGCGUGGACUCGAGCGCGCGGGCGAUGGUGAGCGCGAUGAGGAUCUGGACGAUGGGGAGCUGGAGGAGGAAGAGGAAGAGGAGGAGGGUGUUGGUGAGGUGGAGUACGUUAGUGACUUGGAUGAGGAGGAGGAUCUCGAGGAUAUUGAGGAUUGGUUGGGUGAGAACUCGGCUGAGGACUCGAGUGACUUGGAUGAGGACAGUGAUGAUUCCAGUGAUGAGGAUGAGGAUGAGGAGAGUGAUGAUGAGCAGAAGAAGCCCAAGCCCAGUGCUAAGCGGAAGUAUGCUGCUCCUCAGCAGAAGCCGAGGAAGAAGGGACCCCGUAUCGAGAUCGAGUACGAGACCGAGGGUGCUGACCGUGAUACUAUUAUGGCUUGA